AUCCGUAUGAUUACUUCCGGUUUUAAGCAUGGACCCAAAAUUUAAAAUCAACAAGCAAUAUGCUGAUAAAUACGAUGACUGGAGGCGUAAAGAAGAGCUUGGGAAGUUGAAGAGCAAAUAUGGAGAUGCUGAUGAGCUAGAUUCAUCAUCCAGCUCAGAGUCAAGUGACGAUAGUGAUGCAGAGGCUCUUACAUCACAGGUGGAGACUGACUGGUUGAAAACACUUGCAGCAUUAAAACGAAAGGACCCAAAAAUCUAUAACAAGGAUCAACAGUUUUACAAGCGUGAUGAGUCUAAGCCAAGUGGCUCAGAAAGUAAAGCCCCGAAAGGGAGGGCAUCCCAGUCUAUGACACUGAAGGAUUAUGAGAGAAAGGUGAUUCUCGAAAAAGGAGGCCACCUCAGUGAUGACAGUAGUGAUGGAGAAGAAGAAGAGAUAACAAGAGAUCCUGGUUAUUAUGAGGAACAAGAGAAGAUCAAGGAGGAGCUGAAGAAAGCUGCUGGUGCUGGAGAUGAAGAUGAUGAAGAUUCAGAUGAUGAUCUCCUCACCAAAAGGAAAAAAUCAAAAGAAGAAAAGAAAAAGGAGGAGGCAGACUACCACGAGUGGCUUAAAGGGCAGAAACAGGAGCUCAGUGACGACACUGAAGUGGGAACUGAUUUGGUGACUCUGAAAGAAUAUUGGAAUGACCCUGAACUAGAUCACGGUGAAAAGUUUUUGAGGGACUACUUUCUCAACAAGAGAUACAUAGAAAAAGAUGACGAUGGAAGUGUUCCUACAUACGAUGAGAUUGUUGCUGAUGAUGACAUGUCUGAGGAAGAGGAGCUACUCACAAAACAAGAAGACUUUGAGCGCAAAUAUAACUUCAGAUUUGAAGAACCUGAUUCAGAGUUUAUUAAAAAGUAUCCCCGAACUAUUGACGACUCCAUGAGAAGAAAGGAUAACAAAAGGUCAACAAAAAGAGUGGAAGUGAAACAAAGAAAGCAAGAGGAAAAGGAGAAAAAGAAGGAAGAGAUUCGCCAACUGAAGAAUUUAAAGAAGAAGGAGAUCUUGACGAAGAUAGAACACUUGAAGGAGAUCACUGGGAAUCAGGAACUUGGCUUUAGUAUUGAUGACAUGGAAGGUGACUUUGACCCUGCUGAACAUGAUAAACGCAUGCAGGAGCUGUUUGACAACCAAUACUACAACGAUGAUGCUGAUGAAGAGACUAAGCCAGUGUUCAGUGAUGAUGAGACUGGGGCAUAUGAUGAAAAUUGGGAUGACUGGCAUGGAAAUGCUGAGCAGGGUGAGGACUAUAGCUAUGAGGGUGGAGAUGGUGACGAUUAUAACGCCCCCAAUUGUGAAGAUCCCAACUUUAAUAUGGAUGCUGAUUAUGACCCUCAACAAGAUCGAACAUUUGGCUUGGACGGCACAUCAAAGAAACAAAAGAAGAGAAUGUCAAAGUUUGCAAAAGCUUUGAAUAAAAAGAAACCAGUCUUUGACCCAAAUGAGAAAACCUUUGAACAAUAUUUUAACGAGUACUAUAAGCUUGACUAUGAAGAUAUAGUUGCUGAUAUGCCUGUCAGGUUUAAGUACAGAAGUGUAGUCCCCAAUGACUUUGGACUCUCUGUGGAAGAGGUUUUGUCAGCUAAGGAUAAGGAAUUGAAUUCCUGGGUGUCAGUGAAGAAGAUGAGUCAAUACAGGGGCGAUGAUGAAGAGAUGCAUGAUAAGAAGGUCUUCCAGAUGAAGGCCACUAAUAUGAAAAAGAAAUUGAAUAUCCUGUCAUCUCUUAAAGCAAAGAGAGAGGAUGAUGAGAGAGCUACUAUAACAAAGGAACCCUCAGAAUCUAAGAAAACCAAAUCUAAGAAGAGAAAACACAAUGAAAGUGAAAGUGUUAAAAAGACUGAAUCAGAUGCUCCAAUAAAAAGUGGUAAUAACAGUGAAAUUAAAGGUAAAGAAUCAAAACAAACUGAUGAAAUGCCAAAGAAGAAACGGAAACGAAACAAAAAAUCUAAAGUUCAGUCUGAAACAGGUACAAAAAGUGCCGAGACUAUAAAUAAAAAUGAACUUGGAGAAAACAGAAUCAACUCGGAUGAAUCUAACUCUAAGAAUGGGACAUCUUCACAAAUGCCUAAAAGUGAAAAUAAGACUGAUGUUCCAGAUAAUACAAAUGUUUCUAAAAAACACAAAAAGAAGAAGAACAAGAAAAAGACAAAUCUUACCAUGACUGAUGAGAGACUGAAAGCAUUUGGAAUAGAUCCUAAAAAAUAUAAAUAUACAAUGAAAAAUAAGAUAAAUAAAAAGAUAAAUACAUAACUGCAAAUAUUUAAGGCUUCGCCUCCCCUAGUAUUUUUUUCCUCGGAUAGGUAUUCUGGCAUAUCCACCUCAUGGUCAUCCAGUAUUUGUU